AUGACCCGACAGUCGUGUGCAUAUGAGCGUCGACCCCUGAACACAAGCAGCUUGCCUUGGCGUCGACAGCCAGGGCAACAGAUUCUCUGGAUCGGGUGCUCGGAUAGCGGAUGCAAUGAACCAGAGAAUUUGGGGGCCUCCCGAGAUGAAGUUUUUGAAUACCGGAAUCUGGGGAAUAUUCUUGUCGAUGAUCUCUCCUGGAAUACCACUCUCCGUUACGCCAUUGCCUCAUUGAAGAUCCGGGAUAUUGUCAUCUGCGGACAUUACGGAUGCGAGAUCGUCAAGUCCACGCCGAAUACCGGCUUGAGCGGUCCUUGGAGCAGCAUACUUGACCGGCUACGGUCGACAUAUCACAGCACGCUUGACGGUGUAUCCGAGAAGGAACAAAACCGCACGCUGGUGGAAUUGAACGUUCUGGAACAAAAGCGCGCGAUGAGCCGAGUUCCGGAGAUUGCAGAAGCCGUGGAACAGAGCGAUCUGAAAAUACAUAGUGUGGUACACGACGCGGCAGCGAGAUCGGGCUACCAGUUAAUAGAGCCUGACCGCUAG